AAUAUUAAAUAAUACAAGAUGUCUUCUUGGAUAUUAAAAAAAAAAAAAUGAAGAAAGGGGACCAGUUCUUCCCCCAUAAAAGCAUUGGCUAUGCAAUGCUAAACACCAUCUCUCCUAGUCUCCCUCCCUCCCUCAUCUCCUGCUGAUCACUUUGUGCUGUUAGCAUAAUUCCAAAUAAAAUAUGAAGGUAGCUUUGUGGAUAGUGGUGGCAACAUGGAUUUCCUGGACCAUUGUAUUUGGAACCGCCAGGGUUUAUCCAUUAACAGCAAAUGAUGACUACACACUUGGCGUCUUCCCCACGGCAAGCUUCAGCACUAAAGAUGCCACUGCGACCAGCUACUCCACAUUCCUUAGUGAUCUCCGAGGGAAACUGGGAAGUGGUAAUAGCAAUGGGAUACCCGUGUUGCCUGCCACAGUGGCCCAAGAUAAGCAGUAUCUUCUAGUGGAACUCACAAAUUCACAGAACUAUAAGGUCACAGUAGCAUUGAAUCUCAUCAACAUAUAUGUUGUGGCUUAUAAAGCUGGAAGUAAGGCCUUCUUCUUCAGCGAUGCUCCUGAUAAAGCAACUGAUUAUCUUUUCAAAGAUAAAGACACAAACCAAAUCAAAUUAAAAUUCACUGGUAGCUAUGUGGAUCUGCAGAAGAAUGGAGCAGAUAGAUUGAAAACCAAUUUGGGAGUCCUGGCAUUAGAUGAUUCAAUCUUUACACUCAACAAGUAUGAUAACACCCAGCCAACUAAAAUUGCUGGUCCUCUUGUGGUUACUAUCCAGAUGGUUGCAGAAGCUGCAAGAUUCACAUAUAUCGAGAGAAAAGUGCUGAGUAAUUUUGCCCAAAGAUUUCUUCCACUUGAAGACGUGACUAGCCGUGAGAACAAGUGGAAAUCUCUUUCCACUGGAAUCCAGAAAGCUGAUAAAAAUGGAAACUUUCCAACACCUGUUCAAUUGAAGAAUUCUGAUGGUUCGGCCAAUGUUGUGUCCACAGUUAAACAAGCAAAACCUGACAUGGGAAUCUUGUUGUAUGUAGCCAAUAAGAACUCCAAACCAAGCCUUGAACAAACACAAUCAUCAUUUUGGUUGUCCACCCUUAUUCAGAACUACUAGUGGCUGCCAUCGCUUGCUGCAUAUGUAUCUGGCAAUCUAGCUUGUAGUUUAAAACAAUUACAAUCAAGGGAUCUCAACUUAGAUUUUUAUCUAAGUUUGAGUACCAGUCCUAGGCCCUUUCAGUAAAUAAAAAUAAAAAUAAAAUUAAUGGUCAA